CAUUUUGUUUGAUGACUGACGUUCUUUGUCAGGAUUCAAUAUAGAUUUCAUCUCCCCUUGCAAGUUGCAAAUGUAUUAUUGUGAAGUCGGUACUGAACUGUUUUGAACAAAAGUAUAAUUAGAUAUUAGUGCACAACUCUUUUGUUUGCUAUAUACUUAUUUAUUGAACAGUAAAUAUAUUUGUGUAUAGCAAAUGUGUUCGUGUGUGCUGCGAAAAUAAAACAGUAACGUAAUAAAGAUUACCUGACCUUUGUGUUUAUCUACAAAAAUUAUUGUAGAAUUAAUUUCUAUGGAGGGUAUAACUCCUUCGCCAGAGGAUACAACAUGUUCGGAAGGGGAGGAGGAACAGAAAAUCCGUGUGAAUCUACCGACCCGAGAAAACGGCCAAGGAUAUUCGCAACAAUCGACCUCGUACAAUACAUUGCAUCAAAUGGAGGAAAAAAUGAGGCGGAAACUGCAGUUUUUCUUCAUGAAUCCAAUCGAGAAAUGGCAAGCAAAGCGUAAGUUUCCUUACAAGUUCGUAGUUCAGGUGAUUAAGAUUGUUCUGGUCACAUUCCAGCUCUGUUUGUUUGCACACAAUCGUUACAACCACGUCAACUAUACGUGGGAUAACCGCAUCAGCUUCUCUCACCUCUUCCUCCAAGGCUGGGACUCCACGCGAGAGAUAAACGCAUACCCACCCGGUGCAGGCCCUCUGGCUGUAUACAAAAUAGAUGAGUUCUACAGCACGCUAGAUUUUGCAUAUGCUGGUUAUUCCAACUUAUCUAAUGCAAUAGGACCAUAUUCAUAUAAUGAUGAAAGUAACAACAUGCCUGACCCUGUAUUCUGCCAGUAUAACUACAAACAAGGCGACAUAUUUGGUUUCAACGAAAGUUAUCAAUUCAAUUCUGAGAUAGUGGAAACAUGCAUAAAUUUUACUAGGAAAGGCAAUGAAGUAUUUGAUUCUGAAUUGUUCAUAAAGGAAGCUGGAUUGAUAUAAAUUUUCAGCGCUCAU